AUGUCUGCCGAAUCAUUAAAUGUAAUUGCGUUGAUUUCGGGAGGCAAAGACAGCUUCUUUAAUCUGCUCCACUGCAUUCGUCAUGGGCACCGCAUCGUGGCUCUGGCGAACUUGUAUCCGGUGGUUGAUGGCACCACAGGAGCUUUAGAAGAUCCUAUUGAAGAAGACCUGAAUAGCUUCAUGUAUCAGACGGUUGGGCAUGAAGUCAUCCCACUCUAUGCUGCAGCAACUGGUCUACCCCUCUAUCGACAGCCGAUUCGCGGCGGGGCACUGCAUCAUGAACGGGACUAUGACUAUUCGCCUGGAGAGCAAAAGGACGCACCGUCGAAGGUUGAUGAGACUGAGUCAAUGCUGCUUCUGCUUCAGGCCAUCAAAGCUCGCCAUCCCGAGGCAAACGCCCUUUGUUCCGGGGCCAUCUUGUCCACAUACCAGCGCACUCGAGUUGAAUCGAUUGCGUUGAGGCUUGGUCUCACCCCAUUGGCAUAUCUUUGGAAGUACCCUGUUCUUCCACCUCGUGCGAACGAGGUUGCAGACGAGGCUCAGUUGCUCCGUGAUGUGGCUUUUGCUGGGCUCGAUGCUCGGAUCAUCAAGGUUGCAAGUGCAGGGCUUGAUGAAAGUCAUCUGUGGGAGCGAGUGUCGAGCAUCAAGGGGGUAAAUCGAGUGAAGAGCGCUUUGAGAAAAUUUGGUGCUGCUGAAGGUGCUUCUUUGGGCGAAGGAGGCGAGUUUGAGACCCUUGUGUUGGAUGGACCGUCGUGGUUGUUCAAGAAGAAGAUCUCAGUUCCAGAGGAAGGGCGGAAGAUUGUCAACGAAGGGGGUGGCUCAACUUGGUUGAUGCUUCGGGGAGCCCAUCUUCAGGACAAACUCGAGGAUUCUGACGUUGGCGCAAGCCCAGAAUCAUCCAUCAGAACUCCUGACUUAUUAGACUCAAGAUUUCAGUCAAUAUUUCAUACGAUUUUAAACACAAAAGACAUUGAGGAUAGCAGGAAAGAGAGCACGGGAGCUCUGAGGCCGCGAAUCCUAGGCAACAAGUUUUCCUCAACAUUAGAAGAAGACGAUGAUAUUCUGCGAUGGUCUGUUUUGGCUAACCCUUCUGCAGAUCGAACUUGUAUUGCAGCAGAAAUGCAGUCUGUGGUUAGCCAAAUAAGGGAGCUGCUCUCCGCUUCGUCUCUUGAUGCGGCUCAAAUUACCAAUACAAUCAUCAUCCUUCGCAACAUGGCGGACUUUCCAAGAAUUAACGCGGAAUAUGGCAACCUUUUUACAAGGCCAAAUCCACCAUCUCGAGUCACUAUCUCAUGUGGUUCUCUACUUCCGCCUGACUACAAUGUUAUGGCGUUUCUCACAGUCCCGAGGCCAGGGGUCAACUCUCACAGGAAUGGCCUCCAUGUUCAGUCUCGGUCAUAUUGGGCCCCGGCGAAUAUUGGUCCGUACAGCCAAGCUAUUGAUAUCUCUGUAUCAGUAGAAGCAGAGGAGAUCGGUGUACGAGCCAUAUAUGUCGCCGGCCAGAUUCCCUUGAUACCUGCAUCAAUGGUCUUGCCACCUCUAUCGGAGACCAGUUACGCCAUGCAGAUUGAUCUAUCCUUGCAACAUCUAUGGCGAGUUGGGCUUGAGAUGAAGGUUCAGCUCUGGAGCAGCGCUGUAGCCUACUUUGCUAAGGCAACGUCUCCUCAUGAAAUAAAACGCUAUGCCGAAGCCGCUGGUCUCGCGUGGAAGCUCGCUCACGGGUCGCCGGAGGAUGACGAAGAUGACGAAAGCGAGUUGGAUCCUUGGGAUCUUAAGCAUAACUCUCAAUACACCUCACUGGGGAACAGCCGAGAGAAUGCUCGCGCAAGACUGCCUGAUUGGUCCAUCUUUACACUGAGACAGCAGAACGAGCCAGAGUCGUGCAUCCCUCCCUUUUUCGCUGCUGAAGUGGAGGAGCUCCCUCGACAGGCUACUGUAGAGUGGCAUGCGCAUGUUGGCCUAUCGCAAAUCGAGGAGAGCAGCGUAGAGAUCGUUUAUCAUCCAGAAACAACGCCAUCUUGCUGGAGGGCCUGGCACGUGUUUGUUCGCACAGCAAAAGCUACGGUAGUAUAUACAACGAUGGCUCACGUCCCAUCGCCAGGCCACGGGAACAGCAGUUGGGGCGAAUUACAAGAAGAGCUCUCCGUUUCACACACACACUCGGUGAAGGCUCUUGGGCUGGCGCCUCUAGUGCACCACGCAACCCCUCACAUGGCGUAUGUAGAGGCCACCAGCGUCACAUCUCUGCUGUCGGAUGUCGGCGAUGCUGGGCCGUCGGUGCCCUUUGCGACGAUUCCGUGCUAUACAAUCUGGUCUGCGGGAGGAGAACGGGUAACAUGCGUGGCGUUGUAUAAAAUGGUUCUUGGGCUGUCACCAACAGAUUAA